AUGUCCUUAAUAUAUGAAGAAAUAGACCUUGAAACAGGAAUACUGGAAACAAAAAGAGAUCCUGCUCCUUUAGAUGAUAUUUAUCCAGUCUACAUGGUUUUGGAUAAUAAAGAUGGCAUCCAAGGUUCCUGCCAGUAUUUUAAAGAGAGAGUAAAUAUUACUGAUCAAAUAAGGACGAAGGAUUUGCAGCCUUGUUAUACUUACGCAGAAGCUGUUGAAAAAUGGGGAGAGAAACUAGUCAUCGUUGCUUCCCAAGACCAGCGUUACAGAGCUUUAAUAGGCUGGGAGGGCGAUCCUGACUUAAAACUCCCUGACUUUUCCUACUGCAUAUUGGAGCGUUUAGGUCGUGCUAGGUGGCAAGGAGAGCUUCAGAGGGACCUUCACAGCGGAGCUUUCAAAGUGGAUGCUGGAAAAAUUCAUUAUCACAGAAGAGUAUUGGACAGAAAUGGUCUCAUAUCAAUGCAAUCCCAUGUCAUAAGGCUACCAAGUGGAGCACAGCAACACUCCAUUCUUUUACUUCUGACUCGCUUUCAUGUUGAUAGGAGGAGUAAAUAUGAUAUUCUGAUGGAGAAGCUCUCAAGUAUGCUGAGUGCUCGUUCAAACCACAUGGAAACGUUAGGAAACUUGAGGGAAGAAUUGGGUCUUUGUGAAAGAACUUUCAAACGCCUCUAUCAAUAUAUGAUGAAUGCAGGCCUAGCCAAGGUAAUAUCUGUCCCAUUACAAGAUAUACACCCUGAUGGAGGACCCUACAAGACAAAGAAAGGGACCGAUGUCAUGGUCCGUUGCCUUAAACUAAUAAAGGAAUUUCGAAAGAAAAUGGAAGAGUAUCAUGAUGAUGAUGAAGAGGAGAUAAUCACAAAAGCUGUUCAGCCUGUGGAUAUUGUUUGUGAAAGGGACAUGCUCACCCAGGCUUAUGAACUAAUUGAAAGCAGAGGAACCAAAGGUAUUUCUCAGGCAGAAAUUCGAUUGGCUAUGAAUGUGGGGAAGCUAGAAGCACGAAUGCUCUGUCGUCUUCUGGAGAGAUACAAAGUUGUCAAGGGUUUUAUGGAGGAUGAAGGUCGUCAGAGGACAACAAAGUAUAUUUCAUACAUUUUUGCAGAAGAGAGCGAUUUAAACCGUCAGUUUGAGAGAGAGAAGGCUCGGAGUGAGCAGUUAGCUACAGUUACUUUGGGUCUAGUGCCGGAAGAUUCCCCGCCUGUGGAAGAUAUGUCUCUUGGAGAAGAAGACACCUUUCUCUCAGAGUCUGACAAUGAAGAGGAAGUGAAAUACAGCAAGAAGAAAGGAAAAGGCUCAAAGCCAGCAGCUGUGAAGUCUGUAGGGAAGAAGCUGCCUUCCCCUCGUAUUCCUGAAGAGUAUGAGGCACCAGACAACUUAUCAGGGGAGAAUUCUACUUUGGAAGCUUUGAAGCAGGAGGCCAGUCUUUCCACCUACGCUCAUUCCACUGAUGAAGAUGGGGAUGUGGCUGUGGUUGAGGAGGUCAGACUUGAAGACCCCAGGACCUGUGGCCAAAAGAAGAAGGAAAAGCGAUCCAGAGCAACAGUAGUGGAGCGAUCUCAUGAAACAUACAGGCUGCUGAAGCGUCGAAAUCUCAUUGUGGAAGCUGUCCGAAACCUCCGGCUAAUUGAAAGCUUGUUCACGCUUCAAAAAAUGGUCAUGGAUCAAGAGAAGCAAGAAGGCGUCUCUACCAAAUGCUGCAAAAAGUCUAUCAUCCGAUUGGUGCAGAAGCUUGCACGAGAAGGGCUCCUCAGACUCUAUCGUACUACAGUCAUUCAAGAUGGCAUUAGUAAAAAGGUAGAGUUUGUUGUUCAUCCUUCUGUGAGUCCUAGUGAUCCCCUUGUAAAAAGUGCCAUUGAGCAGGUGCGUUUCCGAAUCUCCAAUUCAAGCACAGCAAACAGGAUUAAAGUUCCCCAGACACCGACAUCCCAGGAGCAUGCUGAGGAAGAAAAUCUGGGGCAAGAGGCUGUUCCUGAUUCCGGAGAAACGGAGGAAAGCUCUUGUAAAGCUGAAAAUAAUAAUCGGGCAAGGAAAAGUGAUGAAAAAAUGGGCAUAACACAGUUAAAAAAUUACCACCCUGUUACAGUUCCAGGGCUUGGGCGUUCUCUUGGCUUUCUUCCCAAAAUGCCCCGUUUAAGAAUGGUCCACAUGUUCCUCUGGUACUUAAUUUAUGGUCACCCUUUAAAUGGAACGCGACAAAAAUUAGGUGCUGAUGGUGAGAAAAAAGGCAACAAGCAAGGGCUGGAUGUGAAUGCUGCUGCACUUCAAGCCCGACCAGAGGAAACAGAUGGGACUGUACAAAGUAUGACAACUGUGGUGAAUCCCGAAAUCACUGCACAAGAGACUGAAGUAGAAUUGUCUAAUGAAACAGUGUACGUGGAUGAUGCGUCAUGGAUGCGCUAUGUCCCUCCUCUCCCAGUUCAUAGAGAGUUUGGAUUUGGAUGGGCUCUUGUUAGUGACAUUCUUCUCUGCUUGCCUCUCUCCAUCUUUGUUCAGAUAGUGCAAGUCAGCUACAAGGUGGAUGGCCUUGAGGAUUUUUUACAUGAUCCACAGAAAAAGCACACACUGAUCAGAUUUCUUCCAAGGUCAGUCCGACAACAGCUUCUCUAUAAAAGGAGGUACAUCUUUUCAGUGGUAGAAAAUCUUCAGAGAUUGUGUUAUAUGGGACUAGUACAGUUUGGUCCAACAGAGAAGUUUCAAGACAAAGAUCAGGUAUUUGUGUAUAUGAAGAGAAAUGCAGUGAUUGUUGAUACCACUAUCUGCGACCCUCACUAUAACCUGGCUCAAAGUAGCCGCCCAUUUGAGAGACGCUUAUAUGUUCUGAGUACCAUGCAAGACGUGGAAAACUUCUGGUUUGAUUUGCAGUGUGUCUGCCUUAAUACACCAUUGGGAGUUGUCCGCUAUCCUCGCUCAAAGAGAAGUAAUCUUCAAGGAGAGGAGACUGGCACUGCGCUAGAUGUAGAAAUGGAACAGGAGUCAGCAGUGGAUAAGCACAAUCUGGAACGAAAGUGUGCGAUGUUGGAAUACACCACAGGCAGUCGAGAGGUGGUCGAUGAUGGAACUAUCCCUGGGGAUGGGUUAGGAGCUGCAGGUCUGGAUUCCAGCUUUUAUGGGCAUUUAAAACGCAAUUGGAUUUGGACAAGCUACAUCAUCAAUAAGACUAGGAAGGAAAGUACGGUUUCUGAAAAUGGACUGACAGUGAGACUCCAAACCUUCUUAACAAAACAUCCCCUUCCACUCAGUACUGGAGGUAACAAAAUUAACAUUCUGGCAGAAGCAAAGGUAGGAUCUGAGUCACUUCUCCAGAAAGAAGAAUGUAUUGAAAUGAGCAAAGAAGCAACUCAGGAUCGAACCAAACGAGUGAGAGGUGGAAAAAACCAAAAGAGGAAGAGGCUUAAGAAAGACAUUGGGAAGAAGAUGAGGAAGAAGAAGAAAGAAGACAACACUGUAGAAAAAAGCAAAAGGCUCCGCUACCAUGAUGAAGCUGACCAAAGUGCCCUGCAGAGAAUGACACGUCUGCGUGUCACUUGGACAGUGCAAGAAGACAGCUUGCUCAUGCUGUGCCGAAUUGCUAGUCAUGUACUAAAUGCAAAGGUAAAAGGGCCCUUUGUUCCAUGGCAAGUAGUUCGAGAUAUCAUGCACGCCAGCUUUGAAGAGUCCCUAGAUAAAACUUCUCAUUCUGUUGGACGAAGAGCUCGUUACAUUGUCAGAAAUCCCCAGACCUAUCUUAAUUAUAAAGUUUGCCUUGCUGAGGUUUACCAAGAUAAAGCCCUCACUGAGGAUUUCAUGAACAGAGAAAAUAACUAUGAAGAUCCACAGGUUUGUUCAAAAGAGUUUAAAGAGUUUGUGGAAAGACUGAAAGAGAAAUUCAGUUCAACCCUGGGGAAUCCCAAACUUGAGAUUCCUGAUACUUUGCAGGAACUAUAUUCCAGAUUUCGAGUUUUGGCAAUUGGAGAUGACACAAAUCAAAACACGAAAGAGGAUAGUCUUACUAGCAUCUAUGAUAUUCAUUUUCUAGUGCUACAGAAUCUGAUUCAGAGCACUUUGGCGCUCUCAGAUAAUCAGAUGAAAUCUUGCCAGUCAUUUCAGACUUUUCGUUUGUACCGGGAGUACCGGGAUGACAUUCUCGUGAAGGCUUUCGUAGAGUGUCAGAAGAGAAGCUUGGUUAAUCGCCGUCGAGUAAACCACACGCUGGGUCCAAAGAAAAGCCGAGCUUUGCCCUUCGUGCCCAUGUCAUAUCAGCUGUCUCAGAGUUACUACAGAGUUUUUACCUGGCGGUUUCCCAGUACAAUUUGUACAGAGUCCUUUCAAUUUCUCGAGAAGCUGAAGGAUGCUGAAAAAUCAGAUCAGCCAGAUAACUUCUCAUUUAAAGAUCAAGAAAUUAAAACAUCAGAAGGCAUGGUUGCAUUUCCUAUGGAUGGACCUGGGGGCCACUGUGUGGCGAUGCUUUCCCUAUUUGCCUUGGGGCUUGUGUCUGUGAAUGUGAGAAUCCCGGAGCAGAUAGUUGUAGUAGACAGCACUAUGGUUGAGAAUGAAGUGAUCAAAAGUUUGGGAAAAGAAGGACUCGAGGAGGAUGACGAUGACGACGAGGACUUAGACGACAGUUCUGGAGGCAAACGGAGAAUAGAAGUAAAAGCUCGUCAAGCAUCUCAUACCAAUUACUUACUGAUGAGAGGCUACUACGCGCCUGGAAUUGUCAGCACACGCAACCUGAGUCCCAGUGACAAUAUUGUGGUCAAUUCCUGCCAAGUGAAGGUUAAGCUGCGAUGUACACCAGUUCCAGGAAGACUCAGCUCUCCAGUUUCUUCUGUGCUUGAUAAGAUGGUUGUGGGAGUCUCUUGCCUCCCUAAAACUUUCACCAGACUGAUAAAAGUCCAAGAAGAAAAUUAUGAAGUUGAUCGGUUUCUUCGUCAGUGUACAGAAUGUUAUGGUUAUAAUCCCAGAGAUGUAGCUGCUGUUUUGGAGAUCCGUAAUGCAAUAGAAGCAACUUCCCACUUUGGGAUUGGCAAAGCUGAGCUGGGCAGACAGUUCUGCAACUAUGAAGAAAUGGAACCUGCACGCACCAGGAAUUUGCAGCAGUACAUUCAGGACUUGAUUGAAAUGCAACAGGUUUUAGAAGUAGGAGGCCAUACCGUAAGACUGGUUGCAAUAGUAUUUGCCAAGCCAUGGCUAUUACAUUCGGUAUGUCUGAAGAAUAAACCAGACGAUUCUGGUCAGCAAGGCACAGAUACCACUCUCUCAGAUGUGCAACAGGAUUGCCUGCAGUCAGAACCAAAGAAGGGGGAGGAAUGCUCAAGAGAGGAGGAACAGCCAGUAAAAGACUUAGAAUCUGUCAGUGAUGAAGAACCCCCAAGAAAGAGAUUUAAGACUCAAAACGAUGAGCUUCAAGAUGGCAGCCAACUCUGCCAGGGUCCACAGAGUGGUUUGAAAAGUGCAAGUGGAAAUAACUCUGAUGCAGAUGUUACUGAUCCUGUUAAAACGAAGGAAGCUUUAGCCACCGAUGAAGAAGCAGGCCCCUCGGGAGGGCCAACAGAACACCUAGCUGGAGACUCAGCACGUGCUUCAGAUGCUGUGAAUGUGGACACUUACGAGGAACAAGAUAAAUCUUGUUCUGAGGACAAAGAGCUUCAAGCAGAGAAUGAUGAUCUCGCCGCUGAGCAGGACAAGCAGAUCCCUAGCGUUGAACACUCGGCCAAGGAGCAGCAUGAUGAGGUUACCCAUUUACAGGAGAACCCGGAAGUCCCUACAGGAAGUUCCGUGACAGAUCUAUCUCAGGCAGCCCGGGACAGAGCCUGCGAGAAUGUCUGCUUCAUUGGGAGACCAUGGAGGAUUGUGGAUGGGAAUCUGAAUAAACCUGUGUGCAAGGGAAUGAUGGAAGCUGUGCUCUAUCACAUCAUGACAAAACCAGGCAUAACGGAAAGCAUGCUGUUGCAGCAUUAUAUGGGAGUACUGCAGCCCGUCGCUGUCUUAGAGAUACUGCAGGGUCUGGAAGCUCUUGGUUGCAUCAAACGGUUCUACAUGAAAAAGCCAUCAGUAGUGUCUCUCUUUUCUCAUCCAGUUAUGGAAGAACAGCUGAACAAUCCCAAACUGAGUGAAACCCCAACAAUAUACUAUGAGCCUACCAUAGACUGUACUCUCAGGCUGGGAAGAGUGUUUCCCUGUGAAGUUAACUGGAAUAAAUGGGUGCAGAUGAUCCAUGUAUAAAAGAUGUAAAGUUGAGUCAUGUUAACUGGGUUUAGCCUGUUGGAGUGACUGUUAAUGCAUUUGUGCUCCUUCUUUUUUUAUUAAGUAAGAAAAGUUAUUUAUCCUUUUUACUUUGGAAUGUAUUUAAGCUGAGAGUAAAAUCUAACAUUAAGAUACAGGUCAUAUUUAAUCAUAUUUUAAUACAUGCUCAUAUAAUUCACAGUUUCUGCCCUUAUCUUUUGUGGUUUUAUGCAAACUCAACUAUGCUCUUCAUGUAGACUGCUGAGCUUUACCUGGCUACUACUCCAGAGACCUCUCACCGCCUGUCCAGAUGAAAUUCUCAGUCUGAUGAGUCUUCACAAUUACCUGCUUUUUAAGCUUCUUUCUCGGUCUUCCUCUUGGAAUAAUACCAUGUUAUCUUGAUCAUCAUUCAGAGCUGUGACCUGAGUUUUGUCUUUGACUCAGACCUCUGUAGCUCUUCACGUCCAUGCUAUGGUAAAAUCUUGAAGGACCUAUGAAUGAAGGACCUAUCUGGGCUCAUCUUAGGAACUGCAAGAUACUGUCAGAGGCGAUAUGCCCUUUCAAUCACAUCCAUCUAGAACUUUGCUGCAUGCCUGUUUCCCUAGUUCAUCACCUCUCCCUGCAUUCUGCCGGCUUCUAUAUUACUUGCUUAGGCUUUUACAUCCUACCUGUUUGUUUUAAUUCACUGAUAUGUCUGUUCCUGCUUCCAGUCGGUUCACGAUGCCCAGAGAGAAAUGAGAGAACCCAUCUGAUUUGACUGCAAAGGACAAAAGUUGAUGAGAAACGACCUGUGUAGGUCAAACCAUACUUGUCAGCGAUAUUUAGGCAUGCAUCCCCAACUGGACUGCCCAGAGGAGUGUAUGCUGUCAAAUUCCCUCAUGCAAGAAUACAAAGUGCAGAAAUCAUAUCCGUGCUAGUGCUACCCCCAUCUUCCUUGCCAUGUAGAGACACUGGCAAAGAACGGUAGCGUUUUGUGGUUCUAAAUUGGUUCUUCAGCAGGCAUUCUUGUAGAUUCUUUAAUCUUGUAGUAUUGUAAUAGUACUGACUUCGAGACAGUGUGUUACACCUGUUGUUAAUGGACAAAUUAAAGAGUAUGUUGGCUAGGAGUGAACCAUGUAA